GACUGUCUCAAGUCUUUCACUUUCUGUUAUUCUUCCAUUGUUGGUAUCACUUUGUCACAUGUUUUGAAUCCUAAGAACCUUUUUAUAUGUUAUUUUUUAAACCGGCAUCUGCACAUCUUUGGACCACUUUUUGCUCAGGUGUUUUUCUUCAACGUGUCUGGUGAUCUACAAUGCCCACAUCUGUAACAGAUCGGCUGAUGGCCACUCUGGAAGAGCUGAACAACAAAGAGAUUAAGAAAUUUCAAUGGUACCUAAAGCAGCCUGAUGGUUUGAUCUCUCAUAUGGGCUUUAACCACAUCCCAAACGGAAAGUUACAAGGUGCUGAGAGAGAAGGCACAGUGGAUAUGAUGGUGCAGAGAUACGGCUGUGACAAUGCUAAGGAGAUCUCAAUGGAGAUCUUUAAAAAGAUGAACAGGAAAGAUCUUGCUGAGAGAUUAAUGGAGAAACACAAUACAAAUGACUGUGCUAAAGAGUGCCAAACUGAAGCAAUAAUAAAACUCAAAGACAGGCUGAAGAGGACCUCUGAAAAAAUAUCUGAGGGUAUCGCUAAACAAGGAAGUACAAAAUAUCUAGAAAACAUCUACACAGAGCUCUACAUCACAGAGGGUGAAAGUGGAGAGGUCAAUAAUGAACAUGAAGUGAGAAAGAUUGAGACAACAGCUAAGAAACAAGCAAGACCAGAGACGGCAAUCAAAUGUAAUGACAUCUUCAAACCCACACCUGGACAAGACAAGCCUAUCAGAACUGUGCUGACAAAGGGUGUUGCUGGAAUUGGAAAAACAGUCUCUGUGCAGAAGUUCAUUCUGGACUGGGCUAAAGGAAAAGCCAAUCAGGAUGUCCAAUUUGUAUUUUCACUCCCUUUUAGGGAGCUGAAUUUGAUGAAAAAGAAAGAACUCAGUUUGAUUCAACUCAUCAAUAACUUCUCAAUUGAAACCAAAGAUGCAAGAAUCUCUAACUACAACAAAUACAAAGUUGUGUUAAUCUUUGAUGGUCUGGAUGAGUGCCGACUGCCCCUUGACUUCAAGAACAACAAGAGCUGUUGUGAUGUGACAGAGUCAACCUCAGUGGAUGUGCUGCUGACAAACCUCAUCAAGGGAAAUCUGCUUCCCUUUGCUCUCCUCUGGAUAACUACCAGACCUGCAGCAGCCAAUCAGAUCCCUUCAGAGUGUAUUGACCUGGUUACAGAGGUGAGAGGGUUCAAUGACCCUCAGAAAGAGGAGUACUUCAGGAAGAGAUUCAGUAAUGAGGUCAUGGCCAGCAGAAUCAUCUCACACAUAAAGACAUCAAGGAGCCUCCACAUCAUGUGUCACAUACCAGUCUUCUGUUGGAUCACUGCUACAGUCCUUGAGCACAUGUUGACUACAGAUGAUAAAGUAGAGCUGCCCAAGACCCUAACAGACAUGUACUCACACUUCCUGGUAUUUCAGUCCACACACAGGAAUGUAAAGUAUGAUGGUAAAAAUGAAAAAGAUCCACACUGGAGGAAAGAGAGCAUUCUGACACUGGGAAAACUGGCUUUUAAACAGCUACAGAAAGGCAAUCUGAUCUUCUAUGAAGAAGACCUGAAAGAGUGCGGCAUUGAUAUUAAUGAAGCAUCAGUGUACUCAGGAGUCUGUACACAGAUCUUUAAAAUAGAAUGUGGGCUGAACCAGGACAAGGUGUUCUGCUUUGUUCAUCUGAGUAUUCAGGAGUUUCUAGCUGCUGUAUAUGUGUUUCACUCAAUCAUCAACAACAAUAAGAAUCUAAUGGAUGAAAAAUCAAUCAUGAGGAAAAUGUCAAUGUUGUUCAGAAUUAACUCUGAAGUACCGUUCUACAAGACUGCUGUGGAUAAAGCCUUGCAGAGUGAGACUGGACACCUGGAUCUUUUCCUCCGCUUCCUUCUGGGUCUCUCACUGGAGUCAAAUCAGAAGCAUUUACGAGGUCUACUGACAAAGACCAGAAGCAGCUCACAGAGCCAUGAAGAAACAGUCAAGUACAUAAAGGAGAAGAUCAGGGAGAAUCCCUCUUCAGAGAGGUGCAUCAAUCUGUUCCACUGUCUGAAUGAACUGAAUGACCAUUCUCUAGUGGAGGAGAUCCAAAGGUACCUGAGUUCAGGAAGUCUCUCCAGAGAAGAACUGUCUCCUGCACAGUGGUCAGCUCUGACCUUUGUGUUACUGACUUCAGAAGAGGAGAUUGAUGUGUUUGACCUGAAAAAAUACUCCCCAUCACAGAAAGGUCUUCUGGGGUUGCUGCCAGUGAUCAAAACCUGCAGAACUGCUCUACUGGCAGGUUGUGGAAUCACUGAGGAAGGCUGUCUCCGCUGCCUUCCGCCGCCCCCGAUCCAGUUCCGCGGCCUUCCGCAGUCCCCGCUCCUGUCCCGUGGCCUUCCGCAGUCCCCGCUCCAGUCCUGCGGCCUGUCCCAGUCCCUGCUCCAGCAGGUACCCCCGUGCCCGCCUCCCCUGGCGCCUGGCCCUCGGCCGGCCCUCCCGGUUCCUGAGCCUCCGCCGGCCACCCUGGCUCCCGAACCUCAGCCGGCCAUCCUGGCUCCCGAGGCCCCGCCGGCCAUCCCGGCUCCUGAUUCCCGGCUCCAGACUCCUGACCCUCAGCUGGCUCCCGACCCGCCUCCGGAUACCGACCCAGCUCCCGACCCGCCUCCGGCGCUCCCUGCUCCCGACCAGCCUCCGGAUACCGACCCGCCUUCGGCGCUCCCUGCUCCCGACCCGCCUCCGGCUCUCCCGGCUGGUUCUUUGGGGUCUCUGGUCUCAGCUCUGAAGUCAAACCCCUCACAUCUGAAAGAACUGGAUCUGAGUAACAAUGACCUGAAGGAUACAGGAGUAGAGCAGCUCUAUGCUUUGCUGAAGGAUCCACAAUGUAGACUGGAGACUCUGAGGUUGUCAGGCUGCAUGAUCACAGAGGAAGGCUUUGUCUCUCUGGUCUCAGCUCUGACUUCAAAUCCCUCACAUCUAAAAGAGCUGGAUCUGAGCUACAAUCACCCAGGACACUCGGGAGUCAGACUGCUCUCUGCUGGACUGGAGUGUCCAUACUGGAGACUAGAGAAACUAAAUCUGGAGCAUGGUGGAAAGUGCAGGCUAAAAUCAGGACUGAAGAAAUAUGCCUGUGAGCUCACACUGGACCCAAACACACCACUCUGGAAGCUCUCUCUGUCUGAGCAGAACAGAAAAGUGACACAUGGAAGAGAGGGGACAUAUCCUGAUCACCCAGAGAGAUUUGAGAACCAGGGACAGGUGCUGUGUAGAGAGAGUCUAUCUGGACGCUGUUACUUUGAGGUUGAGAGGACAGGGGGAGAGGCUGCCAUAGGACUGACAUACAAAGGAAUCAGCAGGAAAGGAGGCAGUUAUGACUCUACUCUUGGAAGAUAUAACAAGUCCUGGUGUCUCUACUCUGUUGGUGACAGGUACUCAGCCAGGCACAAUAACAAGGAGACUGAUAUACCUGUCCCCUCCUCAGACCCCCACAGAGUAGGAGUGUAUCUGGACUGGCCAGCUGGCACUCUGUCCUUCUACAGUGUCUCCUCUGACACACUGACCCACCUGUACACGUUCAACACCACAUUCACUGAGCCCCUCUAUCCAGGGUUUAGGCUUUAUGAACACUCCAUGGUGUCCUUGUGUCAGUAGGACACACCCUAGUAAAACACUGAGAAUAACUCAAUAAGUCAAUACCAUUAAUCCAGUUCCAUCAUGCUGUUUUGUUUGGCUUGCCAUAACACUGCUGACAACAUCGCCAACUAUGUUCCUCACUGCAUUCUUCAGAUGUGGUUUUGCUAUUGAGAACCCACGCUUCAAUAAAGGUAUUGCCAUCUGGAAGAGCCCUCGGCAAAGGCCACCUAGACCAGUCCCAUACAUUGCAGCGCUACCAUGAGUCAUGCAAUUCAAAUGCGUUUUCACCCCAUGUAAAAUAAUUCCAAUACCACAUAUGCAGGUAUUGGAAUUAUUUCAAAGAUAUGUGAGAUCUAUGGAAUUUGUGUGAUAUUUGUGUUUAAUGUUGUUCCCGCAGUAUGUGAAGAAAUAGAUACCAGUGAGAGA